CAGGAGGGCGGGGAACCCUUGGCGCGCCCGCCCCGCCCGGCGCGCGCCUCACAGGGCUAAGCCGCCCCGGCCACCGCCGCCGCCAUCCCCCUCCGGGCCGAAGGAACCGAACCGGGCCGGAGCUGGCGGGCGCGCGGCCCUUAGGGCCGCCAUGGACCACAAGCCGCUGCUGCAGGAGCGACCACCCGCCUACAAUCUGGAGGCCGGCCAGGGCGACUACGCGUGUGGCCCGCACGGCUACGGGGCCAUCCCUACCGCGCCCCCGCCGCCGCCCUACCCUUACCUUGUUACAGGGAUCCCCACCAGCCACCCCCGGGUCUAUAACAUCCACAGUCGAACGGUCACCCGGUAUCCUGCCAACUCUAUCGUUGUGGUAGGCGGCUGCCCAGUCUGCAGGGUUGGUGUCCUGGAAUACUGCUUCACCUGCCUGGGCGUCUUCUUGGCCAUCGUCCUGUUUCCUUUUGGGUUCCUCUGCUGCUUUGCUUUGAGGAAGCGAAGAUGCCCCAACUGUGGAGCAGUCUUUACUUAAAGGGAACAAUACACCCAACUUUCCUACAUCCAGCUAUCUUUUCUAAUGUAAAUGUUGUGUACAAUAGUUUUAUUUGAUUAAGCUUCAGGACUGUUUUGUAACACAUGUGCAGUGGGAGCAGAGGUGGAAGGCAGCGACCCUGCUCCCUGAGGCUAAGGGCAACUCAAAGCACUGCUUCUAUUUUUUGCAGUCUUCAGUUUGAGAAUGGUGAGAAAUACUGUUUUAAAUAAAUGAGAUUCAUACCAUUUUGUA